GUGAGGAGCAUUGAUCAGAAGUGAAAAGAAUGAUAAAGCGGAAUAUAUAAAAUCUUGACAAAACAAAUUUUUUUCUUUGAAUGUAAUCAAAUUAAUCAUUUUUUAUUUGGAAUUAUAGUGAAAAUGAAUUGAUGGUUUAAUAGUUUUAUAAGCAGUGCUACUAAGUUGAUUCUAAACAUGGAAGACCAGCAUAAGGGUUUCCUUGAUGAUACUUCAAUUUCAAAAACUCCACGGUCUCCACUGCUCUCAUCUACUGCUACUAAGAUCAAUUGUCGAAACUUUGAUGCGAAGAAUAAAAUCACAAAUGCUAUGAAUUCAUUUACUAUGGCAGAUGCAGCACUGAAUGAGAUUACUAAUAUUGCUCCGUUGAAAUAUAAAUUUGACAAAAUGGAUUCUUUUACAACGGAAGCAAAUUCCUCACUUGGAAUUCUUCAUAUGGAUAACUUUUCAGAUUUUACAGACACUUCACUCACAAUGCCAGAAAAUAUUUUGAAAUCUAAGAAAAAAUUGAGGAAAUCUAAAUUGCUAUCAAGACAAAAUAAUGUCCAUUUAGGAGCAGAGUCAGUAAUCUCAAAUGCUGCCAAAUCUGAUGCAGUCCCAACAUCAGAAGUUGACAGGGAAAGUUCAUCUGAUAUUGAAUAUGAUGGAACAAAUAUCCCAGAAUUGAACUUUGACUGUGAUAUUAGUAUUCCAACUGGUGAGACUGGAAAUAAUCAAGCAAAUGAUUUUAAUGUAAAUGAUGAAUGUAGUGAGAAAAUCAGUGAAUUUCUUCAGAGCUUGAAUAUUGAAAACAAAAGCUCUAUUGAAGCCCGGGAGUCAAUUUUUAAUACUCUUGAACCUGCAUAUGAAAGUCUUUUUAAGGAAUCUGAGGAUAAAGAGCUUGCUGAUGAUUAUAUUGAUUUUAAAUCUCCAGUUGUAGAUUCAAUUCUUCUGAGAGACCAGCUUGAAGAAGAGACUUUUCUUCAAAAUCUUAAAAAAUUGAGCUCCUCCCAGAUUAUGCCUGCAUUUUGUCCUGAUGAAAUAUCUGCACGUUCUUCGUCUUUAGGGUCUCCAACUGAUAAACUAACUAGUUUUAGUUCAAGUGUAAAUAUUGAUUCAUGUUUCGAUGAUCCAAAAACAGGUGGUCUAUUGGAUAAUAAAAGUUAUGAUACAUCAUGCUAUGGCAGUGCUGGCACUGAACUAAGUGUAUCUGUUUCUGCCACAUCUCCAUAUGGUUCAUUUGUAUCAGAAAAGGAUUUACCUUGUAAUGAACUUGGAAUAGGACUGGAUACAGAUAACAAAUUAGGAGCUAGUAACUUUUUCAGUACUUCUAAUCUCUUUUCCAGCACCCAAUUCGGUAUUUCCGAUUCAGAAUUCAUGAAACCUGAUGAAGUAAACGAUUUGCUGAGGGAAGAUGAGGAAGCAUUAAGGAAAGAACAAAUGUUUGAAAUAUCUUCAGUAUCCAAAUCAAGUGAAAGUUCAGAUCAACAGCCAGAGGAUUCUUCUACCAUAUCUUGGAAUUUAGAAUUGCAGAACAGUCACGGUCAUCAAGUUUCCAUUGGUGCUCUUUUUGGUCCAUGCUCUGAGAAUGUUGGAACCUUAUCAGAUGAUUCUCAUAGAGAAAGACCAUAUUUUGGUACAACUGUAUCAACACCUACAAAAUGCUAUCCUGAUAUUUCCAAGAACUCUAAUUUUGGAGAACUUUCUGCUGAAAUCUCUGGGUCUACAAUGUCUGCAAUGAAAAGCAUUCUAUCAUCUGAAAGCAUUCCUUCUGAAUCAAGUCAGUUUUGUCGAGAUAUUGGUCUGUCUGAUAUUUUGGAGGGAGAUUCCACUUUUCGGCCAUCAAGAUUGGCCUCUAAAAUAUUCGAGAAUUACCGUCCUGUGCACAACUCUACCUCCAAUGUCACAUCCCAUUCUGAAAAGGGAUCUCAAGAAGAAAAUGGCUAUGAAAUACUGAAUUCUGUUUCAUUAACUUCGGCUACUCCUUCCCCUAAUGAUACUCUGACUGUAGUAGAGCAGGACAACACCACAAUUCAGAACUCUCCAAUAAGUAGAAAUCAAUCUCUCGUAUCUCCUUCUGUAAAUAGCACUUUAACUGAAUUACGACAACCUAAUGACAACCCCCUGUUAAAUAUCUCCAAUUCAGAUGCAGUAAGUGAUGCUGGCAUAAAAAUGGAUGUUAAGUCAUCUUGUCCAAAUUGCCAGUUUUCCUUUCAGAAUACUACUUCUUCUACAAGACCAUCUUCUUCAUGCUCUAACUGUCCUAGUAUUCAGUUUCCUAAUCAUCCCGUCUCUGUUCAAACCCAAAACUUUUUAAAUGGUCCCAGCAAUUGCUUUCAUAAUGGCAUGUUAUAUAAUGCAACGUAUGGAGCUGUGCAACCACCAAUGAUGUCUUUCAUAUCACCUCUUCAAGCUGGACUCAGUAGAUACAAUCCUUAUCAUUUACAAGGUUUGCAUAAUAUAAAUUCUGUUCAAGGCCCUGAAGAAUUGCAUUAUCCAGAAAAAUUGUCCAUUGGCAUUACGAAACUUUUAAAGUUACCUGUCCAAAAUAUGCUGAAUGUACCCUGUUUUUACGAAGUCUCUUGUGUUGCAGCCACUGUGGAUGAUAUGCCUGUUACCAUACACCUUUUAGGAAUUAAUUUACCUCCAUUUGUCAAGUGCAAUGAUGGAGGAGCCACUGAAAUUGAGAUCACACUUUCACCUAACUAUGAAGGCAAAAUUAGAGCUGAGCUUUCUGUGGGCAUUCUUUAUGAAAAAGCAGUUCCAUUGAAAACAACACUUAAAUAUGAAGUUCUGAGACCAUCAAUAAAUAUUUCAAGUAAAGGAAAGGACUCUUUGAAUUUAGGCCCUGUUAUAGCAGGUAGUACUGUUAUUGAAUAUGUUACUGUUGAAAAUGCAUCUGAGGUCACUGUUCCAAUACACCUCAAUUUAUCCAAUGGCUUGGGUAGCAUGAGAGUAAGCUUUUGUGAUAAUCAAUUGAAACAUCAAAAAGGAGUGAAAAUUGUGUCUCCGACAUCUAUGUUCUAUGAAUUUCCUCGGUCACAUUCUGGUUUACAAGCAUCUCGUUUAGAUAUACCUUUUGUGUUUGAGGCUGGUAACAGUGACUUGGAUGUUAAUUUCACUCUCACUGCAGCUAUAGAAAAAGAAACUACAAAGGAAGUUUUGUCAUCCUUCAUUAUAUCAGCAUCUGUUAGAGUUACUAGGCUUGUACUAUCUGAUCCAUCCCAGAAUCCACUACGCUUUCACAUACGAGAAGGAAUUGUUUUAAAGAAAUCUUUAAUGGUCAGGAAUCAAGGCCCUCUGCAUGUAACUUAUGACCUUCAUAUCGAAGAAGAUCCAAACACAGUUUCAGUCUUCCCAAGCACUUUAUCUCUUCAACCGUCUGAGACUGCAACAAUUUUCAUCACUUUCUCUUCAUCAAUAGUUCAGGAAGCUCAAUAUUCACUGAAAGCAGCAGCUCAACCUCAUGGUCAAGUUUUUAAAGUUGUGGACAUCUUUGGAUCUGUUCGAUCAAUCCAAAAUCCAAGGCAUUCACUUCCAAGAGAACAACCUGGCAGCAGAAGACAGUCUCAUUAUGAAUGCAAAAACAUAGUUGAAGUAAAUAAGAAGUACCUUGCCUGGGGUGGAGUUGAUAUUGGUCUUUCUGUAAUGAAAAACUUUACCCUACGCAAUGCUUUGAGUCGGCCACUCCGGUUGAAAUUAUUUGUUAAAGAAGCCUCACAAAGCUUUCAGCUGUUGAACCAAAAUAAUGAAACUUCUCAAACAAUUACUCUUGAUCUUGAAGCAAAAGAAGAAAAACCUGUGAGUGUUGUAUUCUCUCCAAACAUGGCUGUUAUCUGUUCUGGGAUUCUUGGAAUAAGACCAACAUAUGAAAAUACGAAAACCUCGUUUUCUAUACCUGUGAGUGGAUAUGGUGGAUUAGGUAAAUUGAAAGUUCUUGGUAUUCCUGAGAGAGAGGGAAUAGGAUAUUGUUUAGAUAUGGCAGUUACAAAUGGGAAACUUACAUUUUAUAAUAUUCAUCUUCAGAAUACUGGUGCAAGAGCCAUAUUUGUCAAAAUUGUUUUAUCAAGUGGUGGAGCAGAUAAUUACACUGAGAGGAUUUCAGUGCGACCUUCAGAAUUUGUUAUGAUGGAAAAUGAAAAUAAGGUGGUUGUUAUUAGCUGCACUUUUUCUGCAAAUUUUUUAUCUUGGAACAGUUCAAACUUAGGAAUCAUGACUUUAAUUUACGGAGAUGAAAUCAUGAGACAACAGCUUCGCAGAUAUGAAGUAGAUAGAAAGCAGGCUGAAGUUUUGGGUGUUGACUACUAUCCAGGGAUAAAAUUUACUUCCUACUUUGAAGAAGAAGAAAAAGUUCCAACUGGUUCUUUAUGCCAAAGUACUCCUAAAGAUGCCUCUCUCUUUGCUUCUAAUUUAAAAAAGACUAUUAUUCAUCUGAACCCUGUAAGCCAAGACAUGAGUUACAGUCGUAUAAAUUUUGAGGCACUCUCAACUAUUGAAAAUGGCUUUGCAAGCAUUUUGGGACAGUCAGCAACAUUUUCUAAGAAGCCUACAACUUUUCUGGAAGCUCAUUCACCUCCACAAAAAGAAUCCGCUAUUGACCAGCAGUGCCGGCCACAAGAACUUUUCCCUUUUGGUCAACUAAACUUGGAGAAAGAUUCUGCUAGUGUGAAAAAUAGCAGGGAUAGUUUGAUUAGAAAACCAGAAGAACAAUCUUCUAGUGCAGAAAAUAGCAGGAAUAGUUUGAUUAAGAAAUCAGAAGAACAUUCUUUUAGUGUAGAAAAUAAAGGAGAUAAUUGGACAAUUAAACCAGAAGAAUUAUAUCUUGAUAGUUCAUCAAAAGAUGUUCGAAUUGCUGUGACCAACCAUUCAAAGAAAGAUUUAAAAUUCCGUGUGGAAUGCCCUAUCGAUGUAAUAACUAUAUCGCCCUUAAGUGGAAUCGUACCUGCCCAAGGUGAAAUUGGUUUGCGGUGCAGAGUAAUUCCUAAUAGCAUUGAUAAAAACUCUUUCAAUGGAGAUCAGUAUUUACGAAUUAUCUGUGGAAGUUCUGAAAAGAGUGUACAUGUCAAAAUCGCCCUGGAUCCAAAGAAGCAAAAGGAAACUUUAAGGCUAAGUUUAAACUCUGAUAGACUGAAUUCCUCACAAACCAGAACUUCACAAGAUUCUAGUGCAGCAUCUUCCAAAAGUGACAAAACUGGAGUUGCAUCGCCUGUUCGAAACAUUAUCGAUUUCCCAAAGGAGAUUACUCUGCCCACAACUGAACCUGGAGACACGUCGGAAACUUCCCUAGCCUUUCAAAACACUACCAAAAAUAGUGCACAUUGGAAAAUAAGUGCUGCAACUAUUUUGUUUUCUGAGACAUUUGAAAAUAACUGCAGUGGAGAUAUUUUGAAAAUCCACCCAACUUCUGGGGUUUUGAAUACCAUGGAAACUUGUACUGUAAUCAUCAGAUUCUCGCCUAUAUCUCUUGAGAGUUAUUCUCAAUUCUUUCAGUUUUGUAUAGAAUCUGAGAAUGAACAGAAAGAAAAAUGUGAUUUCAAAAUCUCUGGAAAGGGUGCUAUUAAUAUACCUUCAUCAGAAGAAAAGGUUAUUACUUCUUUGAACAGCAACAUAAAAGGAACUAGCCAAUCUAAAAACAGCCUUAAAACUGGUGUCUACCUUGAAAGUGAUAUUUGUAAAUUUCUGUCUGUAUCUGCUGGAAAAUCCAGUCACGCUUAUGUGACCUUAAAAAAUUUCACCGAUCAAGAUGUCCCAAUUACUAUAAUUAAGCCGAGGCCCCCUUUUUCUGUUCGGCAAUCAUCAGUAAUUGUAAGGUCCAAAAAAUUCUUAAAGAUUCCUUUCUUGUUUAAACCUACACGUCCAGUUCAAUUAUACGAAGAUGACGUCAUUUUCCAACGUGAAAGCUGUGAUAAUCUAAUUUUAAAACUUAAAGGAUUCUGCUUUUAAGAAGAAUUUUAAUCAAAUUAUUUAUUUUAUAAAACUUAUAUUUUUAUAGGUGUUUGAUGUUUUA